AUGGAUAUGAUGGAUCCUUCCGUCUGCCGCCUCCACCCGGGCGUCGCCGUCACCGGCUUCUGCCCCGCCUGCCUCCGCGACCGCCUCGCCGGCCUCCAACCGCCCUCCUCCGCCGACCUCCGCCGUUGCAAGUCCUUCUCCUAUGCGCGCUCUGCCGCCGCGAUGGAGCCGCAGCGCCGUUCCUGCGACCUCUUCCGCCACCAGCAGCCCAUCGUGGCGGCGGUGCCGGAGGAGCACCUGGAUUAUUAUCAGUAUCAGGAUGAGGCGGCCGCGCGGCCCCACGAACAAGACGCCUCCAGAAAGUCCUUGGGGGGCCUCCUGGGCAGGAAGCUGCAGCAAUGGCGCCGCAAGAACAAGAAGGAGCCGGAGAUGCCCAGCCGGCAGCGCCACCGGCCCUCCUGCGACGCCGACCCCCUGUCGGGACCGGUGCCGUCGCUGGGUCGCCUGCCCGCCACGUUGCUGUCCCUGUCCGUGGAAGAGGACGACGACAUGGCGCCGCCGCCGGUCCCGCGCUCCGAUGGGCAAAUCCCCGUGGAGGAAGACUACUACUACGGCGACGGCUACGGCAAUGCGGCGGCGGCGGUGCCCGGCGGCACCGCGCAGACGAGGGACUACUACCUGGACUCCUCCAGCUCCAGCAGGAGGCGGCGAAGCGUGGACCGCUCCACCACCUCUGGGCGCAACUCAUUCUCCGACGCCAACCACGGCGGCGAGCUGCCCGCCACCAGCAGGGCGACGACGGCGACGAAUGCCAACGGCAAUGCCAGGGUCUCGCCGGCCAUCGCCGCAGAGCGGCUAUACCACCACCACUAUCAUCAUGAGGCGCAGAGCGUGCUCGUCCACCACCAGUACUGCAGGGACGACGACUUCUCCGGGAGCUUCGGCUCGGCUCGGCAUCCUCGUCAGAAUCCGGCGAGCAAGCCGCCGCCUAACAAGAAGGGGAUCAGAGGGUGGAGCAUCUGGGGCCUCCUCAUACACAAGAAGAGCAGCAGGAAGCAGCAGCAGCAGCAGCCUGAGGGGCCAUUCUUCUCAUCAGAAGCAGCAGCAGCAGGAGAGUACCCGUGGCCCGAGCUCCGCGCCAGGGGGUACAACGGGCAGAUGCUCCGGUGCAACAGCAGCAUGAGCGCCAGAAGCUCCUUCAGCGGCGGCGUGGCGGCGAUGAUCGGCGGCAGCGGGAGGAGGAGCAUCUCCGGUGCGGACAUGCGUGAUGUCGUCAGAGAUGGCGUCGAGAGGAGGACGAGGAGGGACGAGGUCCUGCUGGAGAGGACAAGGUCUUCUUCUUCCUACUCGAGAUCCGGGCAUGGCCUUGAUCCCAACAUUCCCAGGCGUUCCUCUUCCAAACAUGAGUUGAAUUCGAUGCACAGGAGGAGCACGCUUGGACUCUAG